AUGGCUUCUGGUGUCUCACACUGGCUAUUCCAGCCCCCCACGAGCCGCAUUCAGGAGUCUCUCACGCAACCAGGUGGUGAUGUGGGCUUGCUGAAAGCGCUUAUUUCCAAUACCCUAACUGCUGGUCUGGUAUGCUGUCCACAGACUGUACAGGAGCGGCUGAAGGAGUUAGUUAUAUCACUCACUCGGGAUUCCCUGCCUCUGAGUUGCAUGUUUUUCGUUCCGCGUCCUUUUCCUCCAGCACCGCUGGAUCGCUCCGCCGCCUGUUGGGAAGCUCGUCUGCGUCCAGUCUUCUCACUU